GAAGGUGUAUACUGAUAGCUCGAUGGCGGGAAGCGAUUCGCAGAAGCAACUCCUAACCCUGAUACGUGACUUCACUGCUGAAAAAUCUCAAGGAGAGCGGAGGAUUGCGAAACGGAAGAAACGAAUCGAAGAACUAAGAUCUGAGCUGGAUGCAUCAAAUAGGGAGCUGGAAGAAGCAAAGCUCGACAAAGAGACGGCGGAGCAAGAGCUCAAUGGCCAUCAAGUUGAACUAUCCAUGUGUGAGGCUUCGAAUCAAGCGCUGGAGGCGAGGAUUGCUCUUACUAACAAUGAGAUAUCAAAACUUGCCUCCGAAUUGGCUGCACUUAAGAGUGAAGAAAGUUCCUUGCGAGAUGGAUUCAUUGACAAAAUGCUUCAUCUAAAUGCAAAGAUAAGGAAAUUUCAAGAAUUGUUUCCCUCUGCUUUCAAUGCAGAGACAUGCUCUAUAGCAACUUUAAAUGGUGCAGGCUCCUCAACUGUGUAUGAACAAGAUGCUCAGAAAGCCAGAGUUACUCAAGAGAAUAAACUUGCUGAAAUACUCCUACAUACCAAUCAGGAGGAACAACAAUAUAAAGCUGAAAAAGCGAUUCAUGAUCAGGUCCAACAGGAGCUUAUAAAUUUGGAAAAGAAAGUAUUGCUCUUGGAGUCAGUGAUGAAGGAAAGCAAGGAGCUUCAGGAGUUGAGAAGGCUGACAUCGGGACUGGAAGAGAAGUAUGCUGCUCUUGGUGAUGAGCUGCAGAAGAGGUUCUUAUGUCCCCGUUGCCAUCAAGAUAACUCAGAGGAACUUAGUGAAAUUCUUCAGAUAAGUGAUGGAAGUUAACAUCUUCUAAUUAGUUUCAUAAGAUUACUGUGAUCUAUCUUCUUAAUUUGAGCUUGGUAACUAAGUAUGAAGAUAAGACUCUGGAGAAAGCUUAAAAUGUUCAUAUGCUCCAAGUGAAAAUCACAUAUGUGAGUGUAUAGCUAUGUGCAAUCGCAUAGAUCAGCAUAUUGCAUGGUUGAAAAUUUGCAACUUAUUAUUUCUUGCCUGUGUCUUCAUAUGCUCUUCCACUCAGAUGUUUUGAUGGAUGUAGAUACAUAGAGCACUUCUGACCUCAUAUAAUCAAAA